UCCUCCUCCUUCCCCCUACUACAUCUUCACUCCAAUCCUCUCUGGCCAGCUUCGCAAUAACAACCACAACCAACAACCUCCACCCACAACCACUCCCCAAACACACCGCCGUGCAUCCACAUCUCGAAAACAAGAAGACCGAAAUAUCUCCUACCAGACCUUGACAUCGGCCACUACUACUACUGCUACUACUACUAUCACCUCCACCCAAACCGAACCCUCCCCGACACACUAUCGAAAUGGAUUGGUCUCAUGAAUUCUGCCUGUCCUGCGAUCGCCAGAUCUCGCAGUCCGACCAUGGCGCCUACUGCUCACAAUCCUGCCGACUGGCCGACCUCGAACGGGCGUCGGCUUACUCUGCUCCCUCCUCGUACGCAUCGACCACUUCACAGACUGGCUCCGGCUCCGGCUUCUACCUUCCUCCGGCAUUGAACUUCUCCUCGUCCACACAUCAGUCAUCCGCUGCCUACUCGCCAUCCGUACGAAGUCCCACCUCAUUGUACCCCAACUACUCAACAACACAGCAGUCCGGCGAGCGAAGCUUGUACAGCUCGCCUUCUCGGUCAUCCCUCUCGUCGUUACAUAGCCACGGUCGCAGCGAACCCGCAGCACUCUCGGACAAGGUCAAGAACGAGCUCCGGGAAUACGCCGGCUCCUUCGACCACAUCCGGGACUGGAAACGACGCAUGACCGUUGUAUAAAUCUUCUCCUUCUCACGCCCAAUUGUACUUUACGAAUCGCAUCAUCAUCAUCUCUCAUAUCUAUCUGGCAACGGCAUUUCGGAAUCUUUUCUACUUCUUUGGCACAUAUUGCAACCCACGGUUUUUUGAUACAAAAAAAGGAUCUUUUUC